AUGCAGGUCUGCUCCAACUUCAAGAGGUUUCGCGCCUCGCUUCAGGAGCUUUUGGGAAUCAAGCGGAGGAAGCAAGUUCGGGGUCAAGAUAUUUCGGCUCCUUACAACUUCAAAAAAGAAACCACUGUUAUCCCCGGUAUCACAGAGGAACAACUAGAAGGUCUUCGCGACAAAGCCGCCGCCGCCCAUCUCAACCCCCUACGCCAACACUCGCCCUCCUCUGCCCGAUCUCGCCGCGGUGUCGACCGUAACAAGAACAAGCACAACAAGAACAACAACAACAAAACCAUCAAGAGCCACAACCAACUUCGUUCCUCCAGCUUAGCCAACCUCCCCAUCUUGGACUCAACCACCUCUCCCCCUUCAACCUCCGCCAACAAAAAACAACUACUCGCGUCCAAAUCCUGCCUCUCCCUCAGCGCGCUCCACUCCUCUCACGGACAAGGACAACCGCAACCACAGCCACCCCGCAAGUUCUCAGUCCCCAGCUCCGCUUCCUCACCUACCGUCUCCCAUGGAUCAUCAGGAGGACACGGACAUGGAUCACUCGGCUUCGAUCUGGGACUCGGCGGAGGAGAGAUGGGAACGGGACUGAGGCCUCCUAGUCCCUGUUUGAGUUUGCCCACGAGGAUCGGAAUGGGAAUCAAUAGCGCGGCUAGCGCCAGUCCGGUUACUCCGACGUCACCACUGGGAUCGGGAAGUUUGGUGGCAGCCGGAGGAGGAGGAGGAGGAGGAGGAGGAGGAGGAGGAGGAGGAGGAGGAGGAGGAGGAGGAGGAGGAGGAGGAGGAGGAGGGGUAGGAGGGGAGUCCUCGCAGCAGCAGAGUGUGAGGGCGCAGAGGAGUAGGGCUUCUAUCAAUCAGCACAGGAACGGAAGCGGAAGUGGCAAUGGAAGCGGAAGUGGAGGAAGUGGGACAACGACGCCCAAGUCGCCUUCUCCGGUGUCGGUCUUGGUUAUUGGUACAGAGGCUGUUAGUCUCAGUCCUAUUAGCCUUGUUCAUCAACAGCAACAGCAACAGCAACAGCAACAGCAACAGCAACAGCAACAGCAACAGCAAGCAAAACUACAACUAAACACUUUUCCUUCCUCGACUACGAAUUCGACAACAGCCACCGAAACCUACGUAUCCGCCCCUGCUUCAGCUACUUCCGAGGUAUCCGCAGUGUCUGCCGCGUCGGCAAUGGGGGGAACCGCAGAUCUCCUGGAUUCUUUUGUUCUUGGAAGCCCGAUUAGUCCCAUCAGCCCUAUUAGUCCCGUUAGUCCAUUGAGUUUAGACGAUGAGGACAAUGGGGAUGGUGGGAAUAUGAACAUGAUAAAAAAGAGGACGGGAAGUGUAAGGGUAGGAACAGGAACAGGAACAGGGACGAUGUCGUUCUAG